AGGACAUGGAGCCUUUUGCCACUCUCUCUCUCUCCCCCUCGUCGUCGCUACCGCGCACCGAGUCACCGCCACCGCUUGCUGCCGCUGCCGUCCGUCCUCCUCCUCCUCCUCUCUCGGCGGCGCUCGCUCAUCGAGUCCCGUGUCGAGCUUAGUGCGAAGGGACCAAGGCAACGGACAUCUCGUCGCCGAUGGAGUUACCGAUUCCCGGGGGCCGUGAUCAGGAGCCACAUCAAAUGCACAAUCUUUUUUCAGAGCCAAACGAUCGUGACCGCCGUGGUCAGAAUCCCCAGGUUCCUGCUGCCGUAGUAGAGGAUAGGUCCUGGGAGAAUAUCAGGGAAAACAGGGAGUUUGGUGGCCGAUCUGGCUCCACGCAGCAGCAACUGAACCAAUUUAAUCACUUGGAGGAACUCAGCUCCCAGUUUGCUGGAGCACAGAUCCCUUCUAAUCAGGGAGAACCAGUUGCUGCUCUUGUUAAGGCCGAAGUGCCUUGGUCAGCUAGAAGGGGUAAUCUGUCGGAAAAAGACCGUGUGCUGAGGACUGUAAAUGGAAUUCUGAACAAGCUGACUCCCACGAAGUUUGAUGUGCUCGAGGGUCAGCUCAUUGGCUCUGGAAUAGCCACAGCGGAUGUUUUGGAGGGAAUAGUACAGCUUAUAUAUGAAAAAGCAGUGCUGGAGCCCACAUUUUGCCCCUUGUAUGCUCGUCUGUGCUCUGAUCUCCAUAUAAAGCUGCCCCAAUUUACGUAUAUCUCUUUCAGGCAAGUACUUCUAAACAAAUGCCAGGAGGCAUUUGAAGGUGCUGAUCUAAGGGAAGAGGCAAGACAACUGACUGCCCCUGAGCAAGAGCUUGAGCAAAGAGAAAAGGAGAGGAUGGUCAAACUUCGAACGUUGGGAAACAUCAGAUUCAUUGGGGAGCUUCUGAAGCAGAGGAUGGUCCCUGAAAAGAUCGUGCACCACAUCAUUCAGGAGCUUCUAGGACCUGAUAAUAAGACAUGUCCUGCCGAGGACAAUGUUGAGGCUAUUUGCCAGUUUUUAAACACCAUUGGAAAGCAGCUUGACGAGGGCCCAAAAUCACGGCGUAUAAAUGAUUUAUAUUUCAACCGGUUGAAAGAAUUGACAACCAACGCUCAGCUGGCUCCAUGGUUGAGGUUCAUGGUUGAAGAUGUUCUUGAUUUGCGUGCGAAUAACUGGAUUCCUAGGCAGGAAGAGGUAGCAAAUACUAUUUGAUGAAAUCCAUUCGGAAGCGGAAAAACUGGGAAUGAUGGCGGGAGGCUCUCUGGUCCGGCAAGUUCUAUGGUCCUGUAAGUGUUUCUAAGGGACUGAUCCUGCAUUCAACUUGCACAGUUGGAUAAAAGGAGAAAAGGCGGUGGCAGUCGGACUAGUUUGCAAAAGGGAAAUCGGUUAUCUAUAAAAUUGGUGUUGUAUAGUAACAUUACAUAUGGAUGUUUAAGGAAUGUUACCGGCAAGGUGACCAAACUUGUGUGUGAUUGACGAAACUGCGACGAGCAAGAAAAACUAUCAAUUCAUAGGUUGAACAAAUAUACUAAAUCUGGAGGAUAGCAUUUUACAUCA